UUCGCGUAUAUAUACCUGGCUAACGAGGACGGUGCUUGCCCAGUCGUGUGCGGCCUGUCACCGUUUCACAUUUAAUUUCACGUUCGCCCCAUUGUUGUCCGCCCUACUCCCCAUCCGCGUAUUUCGGAUCGGGAAAAACACUCCGAUAUCCCAAGAAGAUCGGAAAAAGCAUUCGAUAACCACCCACGUGCAUCAUCCCUGUCGUGUAUCCUCCUAGGUGUCGAACGGUGAAGAGAUCAAUUUGUGAAUCGAUCGUCGCGAGAUCCCGCGACUCGGACAAGCAUCGGUGCAACAAUCGUAAACUUCUGGAAUUUAAGGACGAAGACCGCACACGGACCUAUACGUUAUCGGACGUUCUAAUCGAAACCUUCCACGGUAUACUUGCGGACCUUUCGUCGCCGCCGAGUGAAGUCCACGUGAUCCGUCAGCUCGCGGUACGCUCGAAUUAUCCUAGGGAACGACGGACGGAUCCGCAGCAAUACGUGGAUUUGCGACACCGAUAAGAAAAGAAAGGUGAGGGAUUACCCGGUCGUUGUCCCGCCGAGACGGCGCGAGCUGUCGCGCGCGCGAAAUUCCCGCUUGGAUCAAGCCCGGGGAUCUUCCUUGAAUAAAUCAUGCCUGCCGAUCGCUUUGUAAUCCGCCGAUAAUUCAUUAUCGUCGCUAUCGUCACCGCCGCGGCUGCAUUAUAAAUGUAGCCUUCGGGAAAAAGAAGACAGAAGCGGACGCAGACGAGACCUUGGGCAGGACUUCGUAGUUUCCCGUUCGUUCAACGCGCGACGGCGAGUCAGAGACAAAAGGAACGAGACUCGAGAAGUCAAACGAGAAGUUUCAGUUGUACGUCAAGUUAAACAAGAAGAUCGACAUUCGGCCGAGAAGGAGACGAUGUAAAUCGAGGACCCCUUACGUGUUCUUCAGCGUCGUCAGGAACAGAAAUAAACGUCCUCCGUAAAUCAAGAGUGUCCUUCCUCGUUUCCGUGUUGCAGCACAAAAGAAAUUGCCAUGGGUCGGAUAGAGAAGGAACAGUCGGCCAGCGACAAUCCCAUGAAAGAAUUUAGCAGCAGCACCAGGAUAGCUCCGGCCGUUAUCGGCGAAUAUAAGGAGAAGGAUGAGCUGUACGAUCCCUUCGAGCAUCGUGACAAACGACAAGCGACCUCGGAUCUGGGCUCGCUGGCACAUCUCCUGAAAUCCUCGCUGGGCACGGGGAUCCUGGCGAUGCCACAUGCCAUUAAGAAUGGCGGAUUACUAUUCGGCGGGAUCGGCACGAUCAUAAUCGGUAUCAUAUGCUCGCAUUGCGUGCACAUCCUAGUGCGUUCGUCCCACGUGCUCUGCCGACGCACCAGGACGCCCCAAAUGACAUACGCCGAGACAGCGUACGCGGCUUUCCUGUGCGGACCCAAGCCGCUGAGGCCGUGGGCGAACAUCAGCAAGAUAUUCGUGAACGCGGCACUAUGUGCGACAUAUGUGAGUGGAGCAUGUGUCUACGUCGUGUUCGUCGCCACGUCCAUUAAACAGGUCACGGACUUCCGCACCGAUACGAACAUAGACGUGCGGCUGUACAUCCUCGCGCUGAUCCCGGCGCUGAUACUGCUCGGUCAGGUGCGCAAUCUGAAGUACUUGGUGCCGUUCUCGAUGCUGGCGAACAUCUUCAUGAUAUGCGGCUUCUCGAUCACUCUCUACUACAUAUUCAGCAAUGUGCAGCCACUCGACAGUGUCAAGCUGUUCUCCUCGGUCGAGAAUCUGCCGCGAUUCUUUGCGACUGUGAUAUUCGCCAUCGAAGGUAUCGGCGUUGUGAUGCCGGUGGCGAACAACAUGCAGAAGCCGCAGCACUUUCUGGGCUGUCCUAGCGUGCUGAACAUCACAAUGUCGAUAGUGGUCGGCCUAUACGCCAUCCUGGGGAUAUUCGGUUACCUUGCAUACGGCGAGCAAGUGGUGGGAAGCAUCACGUUGAACUUACCCACGCAAGAAGAUUUGGCGCAGGUAGUGAAAAUCCUGAUCGCCGCAGCGGUCCUCUUCACCUACGGGCUGCAGUACUUCGUGGCGCUCGAGAUCAUAUGCAAUUCCGCAAAGCACAUUUUCAGUCACAAGUACGCGGCCGUCGGCGAGACGGCGGUAAGGGUGGUCAUGGUGCUGGUAACAGUGGUCGUGGCGUUAUUGGUGCCCAGCCUGGAGCCAUUCAUCUCCCUGGUCGGCGCAAUAUUCUUCUCGAUCCUCGGUAUCAGUAUUCCAGCCAUCGUCGAGACGGUCUCAUGCUGGGAAAGUCACUUGGGCACCUUCAAAUGGCGGCUGUGGAAAAACUCAUUACUAAUCCUAUUCUCGUUACUAGCAUUAAUAUUUGGCUCGUGGAUCUCAAUAUUAGAUAUAAUAGAAAUUUAUAAGAAAUAAUAAUUAUAUGUAUAUAUUGUAA